GUUUUCAAUUGUUCUUCCGAGGUUUUAGAAAGUGUGACGCGAAAAAAUGACGUUGUACGUGACAAAGCCGCUGAGUGCCGAUGCUUUAAAAGUGCUCGCGGGCUUGGAGUUGUCGUCCAAGAAAAUUCCGCUCAAGUGUGUCGAUGCGAAAUGUGCAGAACUCGAAGAACAGGCUAGUUUACUCUCCUAUGCCGGAGUUCUUCUAGUUGGUGAAGAUGAUGUAGGGCUAUGGGACCCGGUGGCGAUUCUUCAGGUGCUUCUGGGACCCGCGAAAAAUGAAGUUUUCCAGGACCCGAAGAAAAUCUUUCAAGAAUCGGAUCUGGCUUCAGAGAUUUCCAGAUUAGUGAGGAACGACCGAAGGAAAGGAUUGGCUAGAGCUGAGGACAUGUGUUCUCCUUAUAUCAGUGGUAACAAUAUUUCGAUUGCUGACUUGUGCCUCUGGGUUGACGCCGAAUCUUCUUUCGGUGAUCCAGCAUUAGCUUUGGAUUAUCCGAAGCUGGGUGUCUGGAAAGGGUUGAUGGAAAAGUCUCAUGCAGUCAAGGGAAUGAAAGCGCGGUUAGUGAAACUUCAAGGAGAAUCAGGUCAACAAAAUGAGAAAUCCAAAGCAAAGGAAACUGUGAUCGUCGAUGCCCGUGAAAUAGAAGCUGCGAGAAAAGCCUGGAAACUCGGACCUUCGAGUCUUCGGAAACCCUUCCGUCCAUCUCAUCCAGUCCUGCCAUCUGAAGACAAAUCCGUGAGGAAUGUGCUCAUCACUUCCGCUCUUCCGUACGUCAACAACGUGCCGCACCUCGGCAAUAUCGUUGGCUGCGUUUUAUCCGCGGACGUUUUUGCCCGCUUUUGCCGCCUGCGCGGGUACCGAACCCUGUACAUUUGCGGUACUGACGAGUACGGGACAGCGACGGAAACCAAGGCCCUGGAAAUGGGCUUGACCCCGAAAGAAGUGUGCGACAAGUAUAAUGCGAUUCACAGGGACGUGUAUGAGUGGUUCGGGAUCGAGUUCGAUCAUUUUGGCAGGACCACGACGGAGCAACAAACUCGAGUGGCGCAGGAAAUAUUUUGGGAUUUGCACGAGCACGGGUACCUUCUUGAGGACAGCAUGGAGCAGCUACAUUGCGAAAAUUGCAACAGAUUUCUAGCGGAUCGUUUUGUCGAAGGCACGUGUCCAAAAUGCGCCUUUGACGAUGCACGAGGUGAUCAAUGCGACAAGUGCGGGAAUCUUGUUAAUGCCGUCGAGCUCAUAUCGCCGAGGUGUAAAAUCUGCAGAUCUCCGCCGAAAGUCAAGUCGUCCAAGCAUUUAUUCUUGGACCUUCCAAAGUUGGAAGACUCGUUGGGUCAGUGGCUGAACAAGGAGAGCGACAAAUGGUCGUCAAACGCGAAAGUGAUUGCACAGUCCUGGGUGAAGGAUGGGUUGAAACCCAGGUGUAUCACGAGGGAUUUGAAGUGGGGUACCCCCGUGCCUAUGGAGAAUUACACUGACAAGGUAUUCUACGUUUGGUACGACGCUCCGAUCGGGUAUCUAUCCAUAACCCACUGCUACACGGAGCAUUGGGAGAAGUGGUGGAAGAACCCGGACGACGUGGAACUCUUCAUGUUCAUGGGCAAAGAUAAUGUCCCUUUCCACUCGGUCAUUUUCCCGUCAUGCCUCCUCGGCACUCGCCGGAACUGGACCCUCGUCAACAGACUCUGCGCCACCGAGUAUCUCAACUACGAAGACGGGAAAUUUUCCAAGAGCCGUGGCCAGGGCGUAUUUGGGGAUCAGGCAGCAGAAUUAGGUUUCCCGGCGGACCUGUGGCGUUUCUACCUCAUGGCCGUGCGUCCCGAGACCCACGACUCGGUGUUCAACUGGCUAGAUCUCCAGUCCAGGGCCAAUUUCGAGUUGCUGAAUAAUUUGGGGAAUUUCAUCAACCGAGUGCUGAGCUUUUUGGAGAAGAAUUUCGGCGGGGUUGUGCCGGAGAUGGAGUUGAGCGAGGAGAAUGCUGUUGCUGCUGCGAGAGUGCAGAAGCUGCUUGAGUCGUAUGUGGAUUUGUUUGAGAAGGUGAAGCUGAGAGAUGCCUUGAGGGUUGUUUUGGCAGUCUCUAAAGUUGGCAACCAGUUGAUGCAAGCAUCCAAGCCCUGGGUGCUCAUCAAGGGAGACGAAGCCAUGAGGAAAGAUGCUGGAAGUUUAAUAGGAUUUUGCGCAAACAUUGUUUGUCUUCUUGGCUCGAUGUUGCAUCCGUUUAUGCCUGGCACUUCGAAAGAAAUCUUCAACCAGCUUAAUGCCUCGGAAGAUUUGAUGUGCAUUGACGGAAAGUUCACUUGUUGCAUUCCACCCGGUCAUAAAAUUGGCAAGCCAGUGCCAUUGUUCCAGAAAAUCGAAGCUGCGCAGAUUGAAGAAUUCAGGCAAAGGUUCGCUGGAACCCCGGCUCCAGCAGGUGGUUCCGGAGACUCGAAAGCAGCCAAACAACCCAAUUCAGCUGGUAAACCAUCAUCUGAUACCGUUCAGGAACUAACUGAAGCUGUCGCCAAGCAGGGCAACGUUGUUCGAGACCUGAAGGCGAAGAAAUCGGAGAAGUCUCUCAUUGACGCAGAAGUCAAGAAGCUGUUGGACUUGAAGAAGCAACUCGCCGAUGCACAGAAUACUUCGCCGCCUGCAACUUCUUCUUCUUCGAAAAAUAGUCCUGACCGAAGCGACGUUGGGAAAGGAUCUGAAAAGACGCCCGAAAGGAAAACUGAUCCCGUUGCCGUGAACCUGUUGUCUGAGGCUGUUACGAAGCAGGGGAAUGUUGUGAGGGAUUUGAAAGCCAGUAAAGCUGACAAGACUCUGAUUGAUGCCGAAGUGAAGAAACUGUUGGAUUUGAAGAAACAAUUGGCUGAAGCUUCGGGGUCUCCUGUGGAAGCUACCAAAGGAAACGACAGCAAAAAGAAGAAAGGAAAGAAGUGAGGAGGAUCUGGAAACUAUUUUGGGGGCUUUUUGUUGUUUCAGAAGAACAGGAAAUGUGAAAUGAAUUUCUGGGUUUCUGCUGUGGCA